ACAGGCAAUGUUUUCUUUUAACCCCCUGCAUUCAUAAUAGGUGGCAGUAUUUGUUUGUUGAUUUUUCAAUGCUCAAAAUUUUUUUUAAACAAUUCAAUUUUUAGUUCGAAAAUUUUUAAAUAAUGGCCGAUGAUAAGAAUGAUGAUUUCAAAGGUCAACAAUCCACCAGUGUAUGUUCAUCAUCCGGUCUGGACAUUAUGAAUAAUAAUAGUAAUAAUAAUCAAACAAUGCUCAACAAUAUCCAUCAGGCACAAACAUCACAGGAUAUAUUCAAAGGUGCCGAAGGUGAAUUUCUACAGGAACGUCUUCAGGUUUUAAAUCGUUUGACCAAACAAAUCACAUUGUUUCGACAACAGGCAUUGGACAGCGUAAAUGAACUUCGUAAUUCACAGAAAAGUUGCAUGAAAACCGAGAUAAAUAAAUCGGAUGCUGAUCGUUUGAAAUCAUUAUUUGAUAAAGCCGUUUUGGAUUGUGAAAAAGAAGCCGAUGCUGUACGAUUAUCGUUGGAUUUGAUCCAAGAAAUUAGAAAUUAUUCCCGUUCAAGACAGAAAAAAAUGCAAUAUGCAUUCAAAAAUAAAAAAUCUUUCAUACGUCGUGGACAGAUGAUUAAAAUAUUGAAUGAUUGUGCCCACACACUACCAUUAUGGAUCGGACGUUCAGUAAAUGAAAAACCGCCUCCACUUUGUGGUGCUAUACCUGCAGAUUUGGAAUAUAUUCCUAAAAUCGGUGAUCUAGUUGCAGCAUUGAUCCCGACAGCAAGUGAUAUAAUUAAACCAUCAACAUCGAUUAGCCAUCUAAAUAAUCCAAAUCAUACAGGUGAUUGGAUUUUGGCCGAAGUCGUACACGUUAAUGGUAAUAAAUUCGAAAUCGAUGAUAUUGAUGAAGAGCAAAAUGAACGCCAUUAUCUUACACGUCGUUCAUUAAUACCACUUCCAUUAUAUCGUGCCAAUCCUGAAACUAAUCCUGAAGCAUUACAUAAACGCGAUACACGUGUAUUAGCAUUAUAUCCUCAAACAACAUGUUUUUAUCGUGGAAAAGUUUUACAUGCACCAAUCACAGCCAAUGGAAUGUAUCAGAUAUUAUUCGUCGAUCAUACAUAUCAGGAAGGUUUCUCACCGCCAUUAGAGGUACCGCAACGAUAUGUAGUGAAAGAACCAAAAGAUGCUGUAUUAGAAACACCGAAAAAACGUAAUCGAGAAUCGGAUCAUCCUGAAUCAUUACAAGGAUUAGUACCGAAACGUUUUCAACCAUCAAUGGCUUCCAUACAUAAAACAUUGAAAAAAGAAUAAACAUUUUUUAUCAUUAAAAAAAUUUGAUUUUUUUUAUCAUUUUUA